CUUCUUUCAUUUCCACCUUGCGUAUCUCGACUAACUCGCUCGCCUUUCUUUGAAGUCUUUGCUUGUUUCAAGAAAACAAAGGAAAUUUCCGAUGGCCCCCAAAGCCGAGAAGAAGCCAGCGGAGAAAAAGCCUGCCGAGGAGAAGAAAUCCACGGUUGCAGAGAAGGCUCCGGCCGAGAAGAAGCCGAAGGCCGGAAAGAAGCUCCCGAAGGAAGGCGGAGCCGUUGCCGGUGAUAAAAAGAAGAAGCGGACCAAGAAGAGCGUUGAGACGUAUAAGAUCUACAUAUUCAAGGUGCUCAAGCAGGUCCAUCCCGACAUUGGGAUCUCAAGCAAGGCCAUGGGGAUCAUGAACAGUUUCAUUAACGACAUCUUCGAGAAGCUCGCCCAGGAGUCUUCGCGGCUGGCCAGGUAUAACAAGAAGCCUACGAUCACCUCCCGGGAGAUCCAGACCGCGGUGCGCCUCGUGCUGCCUGGUGAGUUGGCCAAGCACGCCGUCUCUGAAGGGACCAAGGCGGUCACCAAAUUCACUAGCUCUUGAAUUGUACGGUUGCAGGGUUAGGGCUUGUGACGAAAUUGGGGGUGGAAGUUAGGGUUAGGGUUUCGCAUCAGACUCUAUGCCUUCAGCCUCCCUUUUGUUUAAUCUUUUGAUUUGAAGCACUUGUUGUACGUGGGGAUGUAAGUACCAUAUAUGUUUUAAGAUGGAAUGGAAAAGCUUUUGAUUUUUCCAAAUUAUCUGUUUGUUUUUCAGUUUAUUUUAUCUUUUAUGGUUGUUUCUGUACAACUUUAGCUUCUAUAAAGUUCUUCCACUCUGUGCGUCUCGUAAGCGGGGGACUAAUCUCUUCAAGUAAUUGGUCAUGAUUGUAUCUUUCUAUCGGUGCUGGUCAAUGUAAGCAUGGUUUGUUUGA